AUGACUACCUCUACGCCAUCAUUGAAGAAAGCAUUGAAACUUGGGAUACAUAAUUCCGAAAAUUCCAAACAAGAAUUUAUCAUAAAUCCAGAUUGCUUUCCAGGUAUUAGGCCUGGACAAUUAUUAAUGAUAGUUCCUCAGAAUGAGGAACCAGAUACUAGAAAUAAUUUGAUUGUCCGGGUUAACCCUUUUGAUAAAGUAACGAUAGAUAAACCCACGCAGAUUUCAAUAUCAUCUGAUGUUGCUGCUGCGUUUGGUUUAAAAUGGUUUAAUGUUAUGGUUUCUGAAAAAUCUGUUGAAGCGGAUUAUAUCGAAUUUUGUUUUCGUGAUCAAUAUAUUGGAAGAAGUGAUAUGUGGCGAUUAGCUAGAAGUCUUAAGAAUACUUGUGUAUAUCAAGAUAAACGAAUUGAAUUUGCUAGCUGUAUUCGGGCUCAAGUAAAAAAGAUAUAUGUCAAGGGAGAACAAGUAAAAUGUGGAAUGAUAACUGAAAAUACAAAAGCAAUCUUUCGAUCUGAAUCCGCAAAGUUAUUCAUAUUUGUGCAAAUGUCUAGAGAAAUGUGGGAAUUUGAUGAAGAUGGUGAAUUAUAUUAUGAAAAAGCUGUCGGAUUUUUUACUGAACUAUUUCAUAAUUGGAAAGAGAUGGGAACAAAUCAUGUCGUGUCAAUAGUUUUAUUUUCAAGAAUUUUUUAUGAUUACGAUGAGGAUUUAAAGGGUGAUCUUGAUUUAUGGCAUGAUAGUACAGUUAUUAAUGAUCACGAGAAAAGGUUGUACAAAGAUUUCUAUAAAGUAAUAGUUGACUGGGAGACAAGGUCUGAUUGGUCAACAGCGCUAAAGGAAUUAAAGAAUGAAUUAUUAAAUUAUCAACCAAGCAUAUUAUUGAGGGAAAAAAAACGUGAUGAUGGAGUUUAUAAAGUUCUUUCGGGAAAAAAUUCUUAUGCCUUUGAGGGUAAUAUAUUAGAAGCUAUAAAUUUGGCAAUGAAUCCUUUUGAUAAACAUUAUGUAGAUAGAGAUUUAUUACGUACAGGAUUAUCAAUUGUCGUAGUGACACCUGGAUGCGGAAGAUAUGAGGUUGACAAAAAAACUUUAAGAGUUACAACAGAACGGUUUAUUGAUAAUGGUAUAGGAUUAGACCUUGUUUGUCUAUCAAAGAUUCCUCUUCACACUGUGCCAUUGUUCAAAUUUAAAUCAUUAGAACUUUCAAAAGCUCCAAUCCCAGAAUGGUUUGAUCAGAAAACCUUUGGUCAUAAAUCGCAACAAGUCAAAGAUUUAAUGAAACCAGAAUUACGAGAUCCUCUAGAUUAUGAUGAAUCGCCAAUGGAAGCAAAGCAUACAUAUUACAAGACUCCGGAUUGGAUAGAUUGUAGUUUCUAUUCAAGACAUUAUGAUAAUCCAUUCAAACCUGAUAAGUUUAUGACACGAUGUAAAAUGUAUGAAAUCCAAAUGAUGGGCAUAAUGGAACACGAGAUAUCUUCAAUUUUAAUACCUUAUUUAAAUGAUUCAUCAGACGAUAUAGAGAAAUAUGACGAACAAGUCUUUUCUGCUCCAUCAACAAAUAAAUUGAAACAAUUUAGUAAUAUAUCCCAUAAUUUGGAUUUUACACGUCCACAUGAUUUCGCACAAUUAAGAUAUAAUGAUGAUCAUCUGAUUUCAUUACAAUCGCAACAUUCAAAAAAUCAUCCAACAGAAUUAUCGAGAAGUUUACCAAAAACUUUGACUAGUCUUAUGAUAUCUAACAUGCAUCAUGAUCAUUAUCGUCAAAGUAAUCAUGUGUUUAAAACUCCAAGAUUAUCGGGAAGUAAUUUAAUUGAACCAAUGACAAAUUCUUCCAACAGAGAAAAAGGUUUAUACAGGUCACAUUCACAUGAAAGCUUUCAAGAAGGAAAUUUUAAAGGUAAAAAUCAAACAGAGGAUGAUAAUGAAUCAUCUUUUACAUCAAGCAAUACGAUGCCAAUGCCUAUACCUGAUUCACAAAGAAGCCGAAGAAGUACCGUAAAUGAUUCAUCACCGUCAGGAAGUUUUGCUGAUUCUGCAAAAGGCUCAUAUUCAAGUGAUAAAAGUAGAUAUUUUCCAAAGCAAACACUAGGAGUUAUAGCUUCUGGACCACAUUAUCGAUCUACCUUGGUUAAUCCUUGUAAUCCUUCCAAGAGUUCCAAUCGACAUGGAUUUGGUACACAUUUAAGAAGAUGGAGACAUGUAUUUCCUAGACCAUUAUCAAAGAAUUCUGUAAAAUGGACAUCACUGUGCACUCCAGCUUGUCUUCCUGUGACAACUGAUUAUUUUCCACCGAUUAAUGAAGCCGGAUUGUAUUCUGAAAAUACUUAUACUAUCUCUUUGGAGGAUUCGGAAUAUGUAACUGUAACUGAAGAGGUUAAAACAGAGAACUUGUUAAAAGAGAUGAUAUGUCAAAGAUUAGCUCAAGGAUAUCAGUUAAUAGUUCCAUCUAGCUAUAUGAUGAAUGAUUCUAUAAAGAAACAAAGGUUAUCGGUUAACUCAGAAACCCUAGAUAAUUCAUCAAGUUUCGGAAAUCCUGAAGAAAAUUUAUCUAAAUUAUUAGACAUAUCUCAUCCAUAUUAUCUUAGUAUGGGGCGUCAUGUCCAUAAAUUAACAUAUUUACCUGGACAAGGUGUGGAAGUUAGAAUAUAUAUACGAAAAAUUCAAACCGAUUCAAAUUUUAUUCCUUAUUCUUGUGUUGUAUGGCCUAGAUGUCAAAAAAUUUAUGAACCAAGGAAAGUUCAUUUUAGCUAUCCUCAUACAGAUUACAAAUGGAAUUAUGUAGAUCAAUUGGUUUGUGGAUAUCAUAAUGAUCUUUUGGAACCAUUGAAAUUUUGGAGAACAAGAUUUCUACUGAUACCGAUGGAUAAUGUUCCUGAUACUAUGAAUACAGCAGAUGAAACAUUAGAUGCUGAAGAAGUUAGGGUAAAUGGAAUUUACAGGUUUAUAGAUUUACUUGAAAAAGCUGCUUGGUUUCCGCCACAUAUGAGAACAGAAGCAAAUAAUCGGGAGAGCAUUACACCUUUGAAAAUUACUACUCUUGAUCCAUCGAUUUUCGUUAAAACACCCGAUAGUUCAUAUCUGAGAAGAAUGUCUGUAAAUCCAACGGAUCAUAGGCUCACUAAAGAUUCAAAUCCAGUCGCAAUAAUUCAAGCCAUGUUGAAUCCAGCUGAAGGGAUAGUUAAGGAUCGUCAUUGGCAUUCGAAGGUAUAUCAAAAUGCUAUUGUUGGAAAUGAAUUUGUGGAUUGGUUGUUAAAGAAAUUUUCUGAUAUCGAGAGUCGACCAGAUGCAGUAAAUUUUGGAAAUGAGAUGCAAGAAAAAGGAUUAAUUGAACAUUGUACUAAAAGACAUCAAUUCUCAGAUGAACAUUUUUUUUAUCAAAUAAAAGAGAAUUAUGCCCCGAGACGUCCGCAAAAGGGUUGGUUUAUGGCCUUAUUUAAUCAUGACCAUCGUAAAGACAGCAAUAAAGACGAUGGUAAUAAAGACGGCAAUAUCAAAGACGGCAAUAGCAAAGACGGCAAUAGCAAAGAUGGCAAUAUCAAAGACGGCAAUAUCAAAGAUGGCAAUAUCAAAGACGGCAAUAUCAAAGAUGGUAAUAUCAAAGAUGUCAUCGAAUUAAGUAAAGCAAUGCUAAUUGAUAUUGAUCCAUCGAAAACGAGUGAUCGAAGAGAAACUGCAAUUUUACAUUAUGAUGUAAUUCAUAAUCCAGAUAAUUGUUAUCAUAUUCAAUUAAAUUGGCUUGGAUGCACUGCACGCCUUAUAGAAGAUAUGUUGAAAAAGUGGAGUAAUGCAACUGAAAAAAAAGGAUUGAAAUUAGUGGAAGUACCUGUUGAACAAGCAAUGAGUUUAACCGAAAAUAAUCCAUUUCAAUCUCCUGUAGCAAUAAAAUUAGCAGUACAACCACCAACUUUGGAAUUACCAGGAAAGAAAUUACAUCCAACCAUUAAUCCACAUUUAUAUUUUGAGACACAAUUGGCGAAACGUUUUAAGUUUAUAUUGGAUGUUGAAGCAGAUAGUAGAUUUCCAGACGAUAUCGAAAUCAAAUAUUCAUAUUUUAAAACUCCAUACAAAUAUUCACAAUAUAUACAUCGUUCAGGUGUAGCAUUCAUACAAAUAUGUAAUCCAGGAGAAGGGUAUUUAUGGGUAAACAAUCGAUUGUUUACUACACAUCACAACAAGAUCUUAUCAAAUCUUCAAGUGAAUCCUGAUGUUUUAUUGAGAGAAUUUCAAAGUUUUUGUGAAAAUGAGGUGGAACUACGGAAAUUCUGGGAAGAUGUGAAAAAUAGGAUACUUUAUAUUGAUGAAGUUGAAGAUCUCUAA